AUGGAUAUCCGGGCAUUGGUCAACAACAACAAGAGCAUCCACACAUCGCCCUGUGCUCAGCGGUUCUACCAGCUGCUGUUGAGAGGGCUUGGGAGGCUGUGCCUGUUGAUUAUCUUCGACGGUUGGCCCACGGGAUGCCUGGUCGCUUACGACAGGUGUACGAAUACCAGUCGUGUUGCACUGCAGGGAGCUCCUGAUAGUGGGAAAACCCUUCAUGUUGGCAGACUGCCCGACUCAGACCGACCUCAGAGCCUUGCCUCACAUUUGACUCAUGUCCAGGAAACAGACAAUGCCAGGGGCGAAGAGCAAUGGAAAGCGUGUAUAAAGCUUAUUGGCAUCUGCCUGAGACAACCACCAGGACACCAACGCACCAGUCCCGACGGGGACUCGCUCUAUUCUAUGUUUUCGCCACCCCCAACUGCCCCGCGGAGGCUCGGAGGACGUUCGGAUAUUCCAACUUCCGCGACGUUCAACAAACAAAUCGCGGCGAUCCAGAAAGACGCUACCAACAAGGCUGCAUCCGAGAAGACCCAGAGCAGCGGUCAGAAGUAG